CGGCAGAGCACGAGGAUCAGGGUGACGCUGAAGCGGACGUGGCGUCAUCGUUCCUCUCCGAGAACUAGGCGCCGAGCGUGGGAUUCGGCCACAAGAUCGAAGGAUGCUGGCCCGCUGCCUAAUCUUCGCAGGUGCAGCUGCUGUAGUAACGUCCGCAGGCGGGCACGGCUUCGACGCGCACCUACGCGGUCCCAGCUUCGUGCUGGAACCGCCGUCGAGGAUCGAAUUCUCGAAUUCCAGCGGCGCCUGGUUGGACUGCACGGCUUCCGGAAGUCCGCCGCCCAACAUCGACUGGUCCACCACGGACGGGCAUCCGGUGAACGAUGUGUCGGGCGUGCGGAGAGUGCUCCGAAAUGGCACCCUGGUGCUCCUGCCAUUUCCGGCCGCGGCCUACCGGCAGGACGUUCACAGCGCCGCGUACAGAUGCGUGGCGAGCAACACCGUCGGUAGGGUGCUCAGUCGCGACGUGCAGGUCAGAGCAGUGGUGGCUCAGGCAUACAAAGUCGAGGUGGAGGUGACGGGGGGUGCAUCGAGGGGAUGCACCGCAAUAUUACGCUGCAUCAUACCCAGCUACGUCAAAGAUUUGGUGCGCGUCGUAUCCUGGCUGCACGAACCUUCGUCCUACAUAUACCCCUCGCUGCAAGGAGAUGGCAAGUUCCACCUGCUUCCCACGGGAGAGCUUCUGGUGCACAGCCUCGAGUUCAGCGACCAGCUGAACGGCUACAGAUGCCGCACGAUGCACCGUCUCACGAGACAAGUGGUCGUUAGCUCUAUAGCCAACAUUAGGAUAGCAGAUCACAGAGGCGUAAUGCCUCCCGUGAUACUCGAAAACUCCGGUGUCGUACACGUCGCCCAGGACGAAUCGACGUCGUUGGUCUGCGUGGCGCAGGCCUGCCCCUCGCCCGAGUAUCGGUGGUACGCGCAAACAGGAGCAGAGCCAAUGCUGGUACUCUCCGGACCCAGAACCAGACUUCUUGGUUCAGUGCUGGCCAUCGAGGCGGUAACGUUAGAGGACAGCGGGGUGUAUCGUUGCUCCGCUUCUAAUCCUGGUGGCGAGGCGAGCGCCGAAAUCAGGUUAAUUGUGACGGCGCCUCUUCACGUGGAGGUGACGCCUCCGUUGCUGAGCGUUCACUUAGGAGGCAACGCGGAGUUCAGAUGCGAGGUCGGCACGCAUCCGCAGGCUGGACCGCACUUUAUCACGUGGUACAAGGACGGCCGGCAACUUCCAGGUUCGGGAAGGCAGUCGGAAUUACUGAAGCUGAAUGGAAUCGGGAGGGAGGACCGCGGCAUGUAUCAGUGCAUUGUGAGAAGAUCGGAAGGCGACACCGCUCAAGCGUCGGCGGAACUCCAACUGGGCGACGCACCGCCCGUGCUGCUGUACUCGUUCAUCGAGCAAACUCUCCAACCAGGACCCGCCGUGUCCUUAAAAUGUUCCGCCGCAGGAAAUCCUACACCCCAGGUAUCGUGGGCGUUAGACGGUUUUCCCUUACCGACUAAUGGAAGGUUCGUCAUUGGCCAGUACGUGACGGUGCACGGCGACGUAAUAUCCCACGUUAACAUAAGCCACGUGAUGGUGGAGGACGGAGGCGAGUAUUCCUGCACUGCCGAAAAUCGCGCGGGAAAGGUGACACAUGCUGCGCGACUGAAUGUUUACGGACUUCCGUACAUACGCCUGAUCCCGAAAGUGACCGCCGUCGCCGGCGAGACUCUCCGCUUGAAGUGCCCGGUGGCCGGAUAUCCGAUCGAGGAGAUCAAGUGGGAGAGAGCUAAUCGCGAAUUACCGGACGAUCUGCGCCAGAAGGUGCUCGCGGACGGCACCCUGAUGAUCAGCAGCGUGCAAAAGAAGGGCGACGCCGGGGUGUACACGUGCUGGGCGAGGAACAAGCAGGGUCAUAGCGCCAGAAGAUCCGGGGACGUCGCGGUGAUCGUUCCCCCCAAAAUUAGCCCGUUCACGGCAGAUCGCGACCUGCAUCUCGGCGAACGCACCACCCUGACGUGUUCAGUGACCAGAGGCGAUCUGCCCCUGUCCAUCACGUGGCUCAAGGACGGACGCUCGAUGGGGCCGUCGCUGAUGGAAAGCGUCACUGUCACCAAUAUGGACCAGUACAAUAGCAUACUGAUGAUUGAAAGUUUAUCUCCAGAUCACAACGGCAACUACUCGUGCGUGGCCCGUAACGUGGCCGCAGAGGUAUCGCACACGCAGCGGCUUGUGGUUCAUGUACCCCCUAUUAUUGAGCCAUUUACGUUCCAAGAGGGACUAUCCGAGGGGAUGCGGACGCGGACGGUGUGCGGGGUCGCGGCGGGAGAUCCACCCCUAACCAUAUCCUGGCUGAAAGACGGCCAAAGCCCCUUUCCCUUGCCACCGAAUCUGGCAUCCGUCGCAAACGUCUCCCAACUGGAUCCCUACUCGAGCCUCCUGAGUAUAACGAAUCUCGCGGCCGAGCACUCCGGCGACUAUACCUGCGUCGCCGCGAACCCCGCCGCCGAGGUCAGGUACACGGCCAAGCUACAGGUAAAAGUGCCGCCCAGAUGGAUCGUCGAGCCGACCGACGUGAGCGUCGAGAGGAACCGCCAUGUCGCGCUGCACUGCCAGGCGCAGGGCGUCCCGACGCCGACGAUCGUAUGGAAAAAAGCCACCGGAAGCAAAGCCGGUGAUUACGAGGAGUUGCGCGAAAGAACUUACACCAAGAUCCUCAGUAACGGCACUCUGUUGCUGCAACACGUGAAAGAGGACAGGGAGGGCUUUUACCUGUGCCACGCGAGCAAUGGCAUCGGAAGCGGACUGGGCAAAGUUGUGCAGUUAAAAGUCAAUUCGUCUCCGUAUUUCGCGGCGCCGUCGCGGCUUGUUACCGUGAAGAAAGGGGACACGGCGACGCUACACUGCGAGGUACAUGGCGAUAAGCCGGUUACCGUUACCUGGCUGAAGGGCGGCAAAAGCGAACUGAAUCCCUCGACGAAUUACCGGGUCGCAGUGAAGCAGGAAAUAACACCGGACGGUGUCAUCGCGCAACUGCAAAUCUCGUCGGCGGAAGCCGCCGACAGCGGUGCGUACUUCUGCCAGGCGAACAAUCUUUACGGCCGCGAUCAGCAGCUGGUGCAACUCCUCGUGCAAGAGCCGCCCCAACCGCCAAGCGCUCUGGAAACUGCCAUGGUGGCCAGUCGCAGCAUUAACGUUAAGUGGCAGCAUAAGUCGCAGGAUACUAGCGAGGUCCUAAAGUACAUCCUCCAAUACAAAGAGGGCGAGGGCGGAAUAUGGCAGCAACAAGAGUUUACCGGGCCACCCUUACCGUACGCGGCAUUGAUCGACGACUUAAAACCCGCCACGAGAUACACUAUACGCGUGAUAGCGGAAGGUCCAGCUGGUCGAUCUGUCCCCUCGGCGGAGCUCAUUGUGAGAACCGAGCCGCAGAAACCAGCUGGUCCGCCGAUGAACCUCGCGGCCAGAUCGCUCUCCUCGUCCGAGAUUCUUGUCACUUGGUCGCCCCCACUGCUGGAGCUUCGUCACGGUGACAUACAGGGCUUCAAUGUUGGUUACAAGGAAACGAGCUCGAACAACCCAUCGUAUAACUUCACUUCCGUCUCGGGCGACGGAGAGGAAGGCGGCGGGGAGCUUCGACUUACAGGUCUUAGGCCGUACACCAGAUAUACCCUCGUCGUCCGAGCUUACAACCAGGUUGGCCCGGGUCCUCUGUGUGAACCGCUGAUCACGCAGACCCUGGAAGACGUUCCCAGCAUGCCGCCGGAUGACGUGAGAUGCGCGGCACUCACCUCCCAGUCCUUGCAAGUGUCCUGGCAACCCCCGCCCAGCACUCAUAGCAACGGCAUUAUUCAAGGCUACAAAUUGAAUUACGAACCAAUUUUGGCGGACGCGUGGCGAGGGGUGGACGAGAUGGAGGUUCGUAAAACAAGCGCCCUGACAACGGUUCUAACUGGACUUAGGCGGUACACCAAUUAUACUAUCCAGGUUUUGGCUUACACCAGAAUUGGCGACGGUGUGCCUUCCGCGAUGAUUUAUUGCCAGACGGAGGAAGACGUGCCGGGCAGUCCGGCUGAUAUCAAAGUCGUCGUGAGUUCACCGCAGGCCCUCCUUAUCUCAUGGCUACUGCCGCUCGAGCCAAACGGAAUUAUUACGAAAUACAAUCUUUAUACACGAGUCGUCGACGGACGGGAGGAGCUCAAUCACGGCAAAAAGACGCUACCGGCGACGAGCACGUUUUUCGAGGCGACCGACUUGCAGCAGCACGUGGAGUAUCAGUUCUGGGUGACUGGUAGCACCCGAAUGGGCGAGGGUCAGAGUUCGCGGGUCGCGGCGCAGGUGCCGACGAACAGAGUGCCAGCCAGGAUCACGUCCUUCGGCGGACACGUAGUGCGUCCGUGGCGGGGCUCGGCGACUUUGGCGUGCAACGCGGUCGGGGAUCCGACAAGGGACUGGUACAAGGGCAACACGGAGCAGAUACGCACCGAUUCCGCCAGGAACGUGCAGAUCCUGACGACCGGGGAGCUCGUGUUGUCGAAUCUGCAGUCGCAGGACAGCGGGAAUUACACCUGUCAGGUGGAGAACUCCCAGGGCAGCGAUAAGCUGCACUACACACUCACGGUGCAAGUUCCGCCUAGUGCUCCUGUGUUGUACGUAACCAGCUCUACCUCGAGCAGCGUGUUAUUACAUUGGAAAUCCGAGUAUAACGGUGGUGCGCCUUUGACGGGUUAUACGCUGUAUUAUCGAACUACUCAUGGAACCCUUGAUGAGUUACCGUUAUCUCGGCAUGCUACCAGCCAUGAACUAAAGGGACUCCUGUGCGGCAACACGUAUCAGUUGUAUCUAACGUCGCAUAAUAAAAUCGGCAGCAGUCCGUCGUCGCCGGUGCUCUCAGUUCGAACUCAGGGUCAAGCCCCGGGAAUCCCACCGGCAGCCGCCUUCCUCAGCCCUAAUUCCACCACUCUGGUGCUGCGAUUACACGUCUGGCCCGAUAACGGUUGUCCGAUAAAAUAUUUCGUUAUACAGUACAGGCCAAUAAAUGAGUUUCAUUGGACUCUAGUGUCGAAUAAUAUCAAGAUGCAACGACGAUUCGUCGUAACGAAUUUAACGCCCAGCUCGGUCUACCAGCUCAAAGUCGAAGCUCACAACGUGGCCGGCAGCAAUCAGGCCGAAUUCACAUUUGUCACGUUGACGAAGGAGGGUGAAAUACCACCGCCAGGGCUGUCGAAGCGCGGGAUGACGUCGGCCAUGCCGUUUUACACAGAUAUUAAGGUGAUAUUGCCGUUCCUCAUUGCUACUAUCGCGUUGGUCGCCGCAGCGGUGAUCGUCGCCUUACGCUGGAAGAACAGAUACUUGGGAGGUCAGCUGCAACGACCGAUGAAGGAGUCGCAGGAAAAUCAACAGAAUGCAGAAACGCAGCGGGAACGUUAUUAUGCCACGAUACAUAAGGUGGCAUUGCAACAAGCGGCGAAUACGGGUGCGGGGCCCGACAAGAUUCCAGGUGAACCUUUGUUACGAUAUGGACAACCAUCAGAGACAGCGGAGGACAUUUCGCCGUACGCUACGUUCCAGCUUUCGGAGGGUGGCGGGGGAAGCCUGGCAGGGUUGGGCGCAUUGGGCGGACUGGGAGGCGCGGCGGAGGCCACGGCGGCCGGUCUCCACCCGAACAACACUCUUCUGCACAGCUUCAUGUAUCACGAGCACGCCAUGACCGAAGGGUGCGCGAGCCCUCCACCGGCGGCGGCGAGCAUGAAGAGCGUCUCGUCGAGAAGGCGACAGCAGAGAAAGCAGCAAACCCCAGGCGAUGUCGAGAGCGACGAGAGCGAGUCUGACCCGGAUCAACUGAUCAGCUCGCGCACGGAGUCGUCGAAUCAACUGGACGCUGGAAAAUUAAAACAUAUUCGCGCGGUCUCGGACUUUAUCUAUCACGGCACGUCGAGCACGUCUUCGGACAUUUCUCCCAUGUCCGAGCAGAAGUCACUGCCACGAAGGGGGCGAUCAAGAUGGCAUGUUCCCAGCAGGAGCUCUCUACGCACGCUACUGCCGCCGAUCUCGGUCGCGGAGACCGCGUUUGUCGGCGGCAAUCAGGGGGCGGUUGUGCCGGGGAACGGCGACCGGCCGGAACUCAGCGAGGCCGAGUGCGACAUCGACUCCCUGAAGAAGCUGAAACUGGGGCUGCGGAGCUCUCUGUGGUCGCGGCCAAGCACUCAGAAUAAUCCCUCCUCGGAUUAUUCCAUCGCCGUCUAAUCUGCCCCCUCCCCCCAGGUUGUCGCCCACCCCCUCCCACGGUAGCUCCCCCUUUUCUCUUAACCCCCGUGGGCCAAAGAUUGUAGGUAAAUUGAUCUCUUCUCUUCGAGAAAUUUCCUCGUGGCCAUUCGUAGGGCCCAUUCGACUGCCACACCUGCUGUCGACGAUAAGUAAAUAAUUACAUCUCUCGUUAAUUGACGAUCGAGGGAGAGGCGUGCAUAAAUAAAGUUCGCGGAGAAGAUCGAGACAAUGAGGAUAAGCAGGUAUAGAAGAGCGCAUGGUAUGCGUGUGCACAUAGAAUCGAAUAAAAGAAGACCAUUUCUUGCCACGCGAAAAAUCUAACCCCUCAAACUUUUUAUCAUAAAUUACAUUAUUAUAAUUCAAUUUUUACAAAGUAAAAAAAGUUUUACGUUCGAGACGCCACUUUUUACAAUAUCCAGCGAUAUAUACUUGUGACAAAACGCGACACCCUGUAAACUGUUCUUCUAUAAACGUGUGUCCUCGCUGAUCGAGAGAGAGCUAGUCGAAAGUAUCUUUAAGUACAUAACGUGCUUCUCCUCUUCCUUGUCUACGACGCGACGCGAGAUAAUACACGUGCGUGCAGAGUGCGUGAGGCGUAUGAGUGAGUCCGAGUCCGAGGAUGCGUGGAUGAUGAUGUCGUCGAAUCGCGUGUAUACGUGUGCGUGCCAAAACGACAAUUUGCUCAGACCGCUGCGAGUCGCUUCGCCGGCGGGCGAUCCAAUUCGAGACCAAAGACUUAAUCGUACGAACAGAGCACGGGAGAGUACCUCGCGUAUCAUGAACAAGAGAGAUGGCAGGCUGCAUCUGCUUCCACCCGAAAAAUAAUUCCCUUUCACUUAUAUCAAUUUCAUCGGCUCGUUUAAUUCUUCCGAGAAUUUUUAUUAUCAUAAUAUACAUAUAUAACAUAAAUUUAUAAUAUAUUCUAUAUAUUAUGAUAUAUAUAUAUAAGAAUACAUCUUGCAAGUAAGGCUGUAAGAUUUUCAUUCGUUUAUUCAUUCAUCUGAAAUGAUAUAGAAAGUCACUAAUUAUUUGUCUAUUAUUUUAUUUGCUUGUUAUAUUAAUAUAUCGCUAUUUAUAUCUGAUCAUUUUAAUUUUAUUUAUUGCUAUAAUUUUAUUUUCCGGUGUCUAGAUUUCGUUCACAUUAUUGACGCAAUAUUUAAUAAGAUCUCCCUUCUCGCCUUCCAUAAAUAUAUGAAGCAGCUCGCGAAGCUCUCGCCAUUCUGAAAAUUAUGCUCGUUCUGUGUUCGGUGCGCGCGUGUUAUUACGAAUAUUUGGGAUGAGAACGGAAAGGAGAAGAGACCGGACUUCCGAGUCCUCUAAGAGAAAAAAAAAUGACGGAUCGUUGAACGGUUGGGCUCUGUUGCAUUGUAAAGUUUAUAUACGUACGAGUAUAGUACCGUUGAUUACUUUAAGUCCGUUAUUAAACCUAAGACUUCUAUGUAGAACGUUUUCCUGCACGCGGAGCGCGUUAAUCGAUCGGAGGGAUCGAGUACGAGGCUGAUUGUUUUUCGCUCUAUAUAAAAAAAAAAAAGAGAGAAAGAAAGACAAUUUCGGGGCGCUUGAGGGGAGAGCCGCGAACUCGGGCUCUCCGCUUCUUCAAAUCUCUCUCUUGUAAUGUCGUGCACCUUCGAGACUUCGUGAUCCGACGCGACCAAUCUCACUACUAUAAUAUGCAAUAAGUCGUACCAGCGAAACUCUCCUUUUCAGACUGAACUCGAAAGUACUGCGAAAAGAAAAAAAAA